AUGCGUUCCUUCCUCAUCUGCGUCGUCCUCGCUCUCGCGAUCGCUUGCGCUGCUGCCCAGCAGACCAGGCCCAAGCUCUCCGAGACUUUCGAGUCCAAGGGCUUCGUGCAGAUCAAGAACAACGGCACCCUCUUCUUCGGCGAGGGCUGGUACCACGUCUCGCAGCCCGACGGCAAGGCCCUUGAGGCCUUCGCUUUCGGUGGUGCUGAGCACCUCAACGUCUACGAGCUCCAGAGGUUCGACAAGGGUAAGGCUUUCGAGGUCAUCCACGCUGGUCAUGACAAGACCCCCAUCUGCCACACCAAGUCCCUGACCGGCAAGAUGCCCCAGCUCUGGGAUUGGGUUGAGAAGGCCGACUACGUCCGCAACUUCACCGCCAACGGCUCCAAGUUCGAUCUCUGGGGCUACAAGACCGCCGGUAUCACCCUCGAGGUCGCCGUGCCCGUCGGCUACCCCAACAUCCUCGCUUACUUCGGCCGCUUCUCCGCCGGAAACGAGUUCUCCUACUACAUCGAGCAGUGGAAGACUGAUAAGCCCCACAGCACCUGGUUCGAGAUCCCCAAGGAGUGCCACCUCGGCCCCAAGUAA